AUGUCUUCAUCGCAUUCAGACUCAACGCUCAAGGCAAAGGCUUCCAUCGAGCGAACCGGGGUUUACCUAGUCAAAGAUGCCGAGGAGGAGGAAAAUAAUGCCAAGGAAGUCGUAGGAAAAGGGAGGCGUUUCGCUCGCUUUUUCAACGAGGGGUAUUAUACAAGGACGCCGCAGGGAUUAGAUUUUGUGUUUCGCAACACUAUGAAUGAUAUUGAAAUCCGUGGGAUCGUGCUAUCCAUCAUCCCAGACUAUCGCUGGGGCUAUUCCCGAUACUUUAGCGCUCGACUUUCAUCCGAGUACGCAUGGUUCUUUCACAAUAGAGAUGAAAGGGAUCAUCGCGAAGCGAUUCAUACUCUUCUGGUGCAAUUUUGGAUGCCCGGAUCCAGAGUGAUAUACUACGAGGGUUCUCAAUUACAAUUCGUCAGCGCGAAAGACGAUUCUGACAAUUGGGGCCUCUUAAACACGCCCUUAAGUAACAUGAAAAGAGACGGCAUUAUAACAAGGAUCGAGGACAUGCCUAACGGUGGAUAUCGAGUUGGCUGGACUUGCGAGAGGGGAGGUUUCAUGAAUAUUGGAUUGGGUACAGACGAGCAAGUAGCAGAGUGGGGUUGGAUGGAACUACCAGACACGCAAGCGCUGCGCUCUAAGGUUGCUGAACUGGAAAGUCAAGGAUUCCGAGGGCAUUUCACUUUUCGGAAGUUCAACAUGUCAGGGCAAGGGAACAACUCGUGA